GCUAAAAAAAAAUUUAAAAAAAAAAUAAUUUUAAAAAACAAAACUAAAACUCGAGAAAAAUGAAAUAUUUUCAACAGGACUUGCAACGGCCGAAGAACUUGGCCACAUUUCGCAUUCUGAUACUGGGCGAUCCAGGUGUGGGAAAGACUUGCUUGAGCAACUUGCUGGCCAACAGCCCGAUGACGCCCACACGCUCCUCCCGGACCGUGUCCGACAGCGAGUGGACCGUGCAGGUGCGUCUGCACGACUACAACCCCAUCUGGGGCACGGAGGGGCCAGAGGAGCUCGAGGAGCCGCCAGACGCCUCUGGUGCGGUGCACUUCGUCGAGUUCUACGAUAUGAACAGAGCGGCGAACGAGUGUCGCGGCGCCAGAAAGCACUUGUACAGGAAGAUGGACGGCAUCGUGUUGGUCUACAACUUGCAGGACAUGGAGACGCAGGACAACCUGCACGACUGGAUGUACGGGCCCCUGGUGGAGAUAAGCCAGCAGCGCAAGCACAAGCGAUUGCUGAGCAGCCACCAUGUGCCCAUUCUGGUCGUGGGCACCAUGCUCGAUCGGCUGGCCGAGGGCCCGCCCAAUCGCCGCGGCGGCAUCGCCCACCAACUGGGGGCCGAGGAGGUACUGAUCAAUUGCCUGGACCCACACGCCUUGGCCAAAGGCACCCGCAAUCUCGCCAAAGUGUCGCACUUCCUGAACAGCUCCGUCGACUGGAUGCGCGAGCCCGAAUGAAUAUUUUACACAUCGCAUAUCCUACAUCCUACAUCCUACAUCCUAUAUCUGUGUUCAUUGGCCAUAAUAUAGAUGUUUAGUUGAUUA